AUGCAGAUCUUCGAGAACAAGGGAGCCAUGAUGGGCUGCUCCAACCCUCAUCCGCACUGCCAGAUCUGGGCCAGCAGCUUCCUCCCGAAUGAGGCCCGGCUGGAAGACCGGACACAGCGGGAAUACCGGAGCCAGCAUGGUGUGCCCAUGCUGCUGGAAUAUGCGGAGCAGGAGGCUCGCAGGAAGGAGCGGCUCGUGGUGGAGAACGUGCACUGGCUGGUGGUGGUGCCCUACUGGGCCACGUGGCCCUUCCAGACGCUGCUGCUCUCAAGGUGCAACCACCCUCAUGCUUCUGUCACAGGCCUGGCGUCCAUCAUGCAGAAGCUUCUCAUCAAGUAUGACAACCUCUUUGAGGUCUCCUUCCCCUACUCCAUGGGCUGGCAUGACUACUACCCGCCGCUGCUCCGCUCUGCCACCGUCCGCAAGUUCAUGGUCGGCUACGAGAUGCUGGCCCAGGCGCAGAGGGAUCUCACCCCGGAGCAGGCUGCUGAGCGCCUCAGGAGCCUCCCCGAGGUGCACUACAAGCAGAGGCCCGAGGAGGCAUCGUGACAAGGUGCCUGUGGCUUUG